CGUCUGUAGAUUCUAAACAAUCAAUGAUGAUGGCAGCAGAGUAGUGGGCGCCAUAUUUGUUGUUGUCGUCGGUGGGGGUAGGCCGAGCUGGUGCAGAAGUGCUGGGAAGGAGUGGUUGCGAGGGGAGCGUUGGUGAGGGUGGAUUAGAGCGCUGUUGUGUGAAACUGGUGAAAGAACUUGCGUUAGUCGAUUUCCGUGUGUGCUUUGUUGUGUUUUCAGUUUACGUCUUGUCUUAUCAUUAUAAGUAGAACAUGAAUUAUCAGUGAUCAGUUAAAUCCAGCCCCGCGAGUGAUUAGCUUACUGAGGAUUGGAGGUAGAUGCCAGGUUUUGUAUCUUUGUUGUGAAAUAAACCAGCCACCAAGCUGGCUGGCAGUCCAGUUGUGUCGGGGGUCGAUGACCCCCGUACGAUGCUGGACUGGGAAGAGGGGGAUAGAUUUUCUUUCGAGGAUUCUGAUAGGUUCGAAGAGGAUUCACUGUGCAGUUGGAGCAGUGAACCCGAAUCAUUGUGCAACAAUUGGAGAGGAUGGAAGAGACCAACUUUAGGAUCUGGCACUUUUGGAUUGUUGAAGAGGACACCAGAAGAUGCUACUGGAUUCCAAGUGCCGCCGUUAGCUGAACUGUCGGCGAGAUGUGUCGCAGCACACAUACCUUUCGAGCUGGUGGAGCACGUUUUCCCGCCAGUACCCGAACAGCUGCAACUCCGCAUUGCCUUCUGGAGCUUCCCCGACAAUGAGGAGGACAUCCGGCUGUAUUCUUGCUUAGCAAAUGGCAGCGCCGACGAGUUCCAACGUGGCGAGAACCUGUUCAAGAAUCGUGCAGUUAAGGAACCCCUACAGAUAGGUUUUCAUUUGAGUGCGAGUGUGUGCCCACCCCAGAGUGUCGGGCAGGUCCGGGCGCAGUACAAUGUUGCAGUGACGUUUGACCGGAGGCGCAUCACUUCCUGCAACUGCACCUGCUCUUCAACUGCAUACUGGUGUUCGCACAUUGUGGCUGUGUGCCUCCACAGGAUACAUCUGCCCAAUCAAGUAUGCCUGCGGGCUCCAGUGAGUGAGUCAUUGUCACGGCUGCACAGGGACCAACUCCAGAAGUUUGCUCAGUAUCUCAUCAGCGAGCUGCCGCAGCAAAUACUCCCGACUGCACAAAGGCUGCUGGAUGAGCUGUUGUCAUCACAACCAUCAGCCAUCAACAGUGUUUGUGGAGCUCCUGACCCUACUGCAGGCGCAUCAGCAAAUGACCAGACAUCAUGGUAUCUUGAUGAGAAGACACUUCACGACAACAUCAAGAAGAUUCUCAUAAAAUUUUGUGUGCCAGCUCCAAUAGUAUUCAGUGACGUGAACUACUUGAGCACUACAGCUCCUCCGGCAGCAGCAGAAUGGAGCAGCUUGCUGCGGCCACUCAGAGGUCGCGAGCCCGAGGGGAUGUGGAACCUGCUGUCGAUUGUUCGGGAGAUGUUCAAGAGGAACGACCGCAAUGCUAUCCCAUUGCUCGAAAUUAUAACUGAGGAGUGUGUUGCGUGUGAACAGAUUCUUGUGUGGUGGUUCAAUACAAAAGUAGCACUCCACAAUGGAAGUUCGGGGCACGGAGGAGGAAAACAUGGCAGUGUGAACAGUAAUAGUCACACAUCACAACAUGCAUGUUCUUCCCUGUGCGAUGAGAUUGUCAUUCUCUGGAGGUUGGCAGCUCUCAACCCUGGGCUGUCUCCUGAAGAGAGGCAACUGCUUCAUGGACAGUUCUCCGAUUGGCAUCUCAAGAUUAUUGAAAAGGUAACAAAGAGCCGUGGUGCCGCACUUGCAGGCCCACAAGGUCUGACAGGAAGUGGGCCAGGGACCCACAACAGAAAUGCCAACAGCUUCCGCAAUGAUGUGGAAAUAUUCUCGGGCUUCAAGCCAGCCAUUGAAGCGUGCUACCUGGAUUGGGAUGAUUACCCUCUGCCUGGCAUCACAUACCAGGGGGGCGUCAGCCUCUUCUACAGGUGUCCCUUCACAUGCUUCAGGCAUGCCGGAGACCAGUCUCGCUCUGACCAUGUUGUCAACCAGGUGAACUCCUCACAAGCGGUUUUGAAUUGUGAACAUCCAGCUCAGCCAUCACACCAUCACCACCACCAUCACCAUCGACAUCACAACAACUUGAACCAGUUCCUCCCCGUCCCACAUACACGGCCACACGUGAGCUGCCAUGGGGGCUCUCGCUCUUCCACGUGUCUGACUACUAUCGACUUCCCAUAUCGAGAGCGUAGGCGGCACCACUCUCGUCAUGAUUUUGGUGGCCACAUUCCAAAUGUUGAUAUGGUGGUACGGUUUCAUCGUAUUGUACAUGGACUUGGGUCACCAGCAGAUGGUGAUGACACACGUGAUGGAAACCGUUCAAGUGUUAGUAGUGAAGGUUUCUGUGAAAAUGACCCGGAUGGUGACAUGCUGAUGGACAGCAGUGUGCUAAUGAGACCGGAACUCCGUAUGCCUGCAAUGUGUGGUGUCGGGGACACAGACUCUCAGGAGGGCGGCAGCAGCGACUCUGCCAGCAGCAUCGGGAGUGGCGUACAUGCAGCAGUAAGAGGUAUUCCUGUGGCUGGCAAUGAGGCAACUAGUCACAGAAUUUCAUCGCACCUCUUGCAAAGUGGUCAUGAUUCAGUGUUUGACCUUCCCGACCUAGAUAUGGCACGUCACACCACUGUUUCACCUCGCCGCGAUACUGCAGAUGCUGAUUCAGACACUUCUGCGGGUGGUAUUUCGCCCUCCGAAGACAUAGAAGGAUUGCGGAGGCCGUCCAAAGAUGGAUCAUUUUCUUCGUCAAAUUCUGACUCCCAGCAGUCUGGAGACGAGUAUAACCUUUAUUAUUAUGAUCCUAAGGCUUUAACUGCUGGCUCGAGUAAUAAUGCAAAUGAAAAUUCCAAGUCUGCAGGGAAGAAUGAUCCUGUGGUACCUGCUUCAGUUUUUUCAAACUUGAGGAAGACUGAGGAUCCCUGGGACAUCCUGUUUGCUAGAGCAGAGGGUCUACAUGCACAUGGACACGGGAAAGAAGCCUGCACUCUAGGUGUGCGCCUCGCAGAGGAACUUCUCGCCAACCCUCCGGACCUCAUGAUAGAGUUGCCACCAAUGCCCACAAAAGGGAAGAGAAAGAAGCAACAAAUAAAUCCUGUGUCUCAUCAAAUAAGCUGUCUAGCAUCGGCUACACUAGCUAAGUGUGCCUUCCUGUGCACAGUACUGGCAGAAAAUCUGGAACAUUCCCACCUGGCAUUCAGGGUGGGUUUGUUCGGACUUGAAAUGGCUCGUCCACCGGCAAGCACCAAGCCACUCGAAGUGAAACUAGCAAAUCAGGAGUCAGAAUUAGUAAGUCUCUUGAAGCGCAUCCCUCUAGGAGCUUGGGAACUUAAAAUUAUUCGGGAACGUGCAGAGCAACUAAAAGACGGAACAUUGCGAUCUCGUGGGGAAGCUCUGCUCCCAAUCAUGCUUGCCAGCUAUCUUUUUGAUGUGCUUGUCAUGCCAGGAGGACGGGAAGUGAGGUGUCAGUUGCAGAAUCAGUCACUGCGGUUGCCAACAGAUGAGACUCUGGGUUUUGAGGCUGCAGUUGCUGCUCUUGGUUUGAAAGCUAAUGUGUCGGAGGCUGACCACCCACUCCUCUGUGAGGGAACUCGAAGACAGAGAGGUGACCUUGCAAUUGCACUUCUGGUCCAUUACAAGGAUGAUCCAAACAAGAUUUCCAGAAUAAUGGACAAGCUUUUAGAUAGGGAAGUUCAUCAGUUGGUAAAAACUACCAUCCAUGCGUCUUAUUAUUCAAACAAUCCACCUACCAGGAGUCAUUUGAGCAAGGUUUCGGGUCGAAGAAAAGAAGAACAGAGCUCAGCAGAACCUCCUCUAGGGGCAGUAGUCAAUUCUGUUGGGACUUCAUCAGAUGGCUUGCUUCCAGAUGUUGCCCCUGGCUGUUCUGGCAGUCGUCCACACAGCGCAACAAGUGCGGAGUUGGAGCAGGCAAUGUCGGGACUUUGCAUUAGUAGUCCUCCAAACCCCAUGCCACCACCUCGUACAAAGGAGUCGCGGUACAAGGGCAAGCGUGCAUAUCCGUCCGUCCCGAACCAGCCAUCUGAAGCUAGUGCUCACUUUAUGUUCGAACUAGCCAAGACAGUUUUGUUGAAGGCUGGCGGCAACAGCAGCACGUCACUCUUCACUCAGGCUUCCACGUCACAGAAUCAUCAUGGCCCACACCGUGUGCUUCAUAUAUGUGCAUUCCAGCUGGGUCUUUAUGCACUUGGACUUCACAACUGUGUGUCACCAAACUGGCUCAGCCGCACAUACUCUUCACAUGUCUCUUGGAUAACAGGUCAGGCCACAGAGAUUGGAGCACCAGCUAUUUCCUUCUUAAUAGACACGUGGGAAGGCCACCUUACACCACCAGAAGCAGUCAGUAUUGCUGACAGAGCUUCCCGCGGUUGUGAUGCCAACAUAGUACGGGCCGCAGCGGAGCUUGCGCUGUCCUGUUUGCCCCAUGCACAUGCACUCAACCCAAAUGAAAUACAGCGAGCUAUAUUGCAGUGCAAGGAGCAGAGUGAUCAGAUGCUCGAGCAGUCCUGUCUUACUGUUGAAAAUGCGGCAAAAGGUGGUGGUGUGUAUCCUGAAGUACUGUUUCAGGUUGCAAAGCACUGGUAUGAACUUUACAUGAAGCACUCCCCUGGCACAGGAGACCAGCCUACUGAGGCCGAAGUGCAGCCAGAGCCCCUGCAGUUGGAUCCUAAAGGCCUGGUAGCCCUCGUAGAGGCGCAGCAUGCGGCUGCAGCCACCGCAACGGCAGUUGUUGUGACUACAGCUGUGCCCCCGCCCUACCCGGCUCCACCGCCUCAUCCCGUGACGACUCUGGCUCCACUGCCGUAUGCCGCUGUUGCGCCCUAUGGGUUCGUGCACCACCACCGACACAACCAUGCCCGCGCCCACACGUUCCACCCACGAGCGGUCGCCUUGCCACCUCCCCCACACUUGCAGAUGUAUCUCGCACAGCCUCCGGCAGCGGCCGCAGCUGCUGCUGCUGCCUUCCAGCAGCACAGAGGAGCUGCUGCCACAGCACCACCUGGAGCUCCAACCCCUCUGCAGUACUAUGGUACUGCUGUAACACUGGCUCCGGCACCGACAACCGCCGGUGCCGUGGGUGUCCGUGUUGCUGUGACUGGCACUCCGGCAGCUCCACACCACCAUGUAUAUUCGGCUGCCAUUCAGCAGGUAACCAAUGGCGGAGCAGCGGUGAUGGUAGCGAGUGCGCCACAGCACCAGCACCAGCACCAGCCACAGCCGCUGCCACAUGCGCAGCAGCAACAGCAGCAGCAGGUGCAACACCAGCAACAGGCACAGCACCAACAGCAACAAGCGGCGCAGCCACCUGCCACCCAGGCGCAUGGCGUUCAGGUCCUGCUGGCCGGGGCCCCGACGCCAGCCGCAAUGGCAGUUGCUGCUGCGCCCCAACAGCCACAGCAGCAGAUGCAGCUGUCACAGCAGCAGCCGGCCAUGAUGCCCGUACAGCAAGUUGUCCGACCUGCACCGUCCCCACCGCAGCAGCCUCAGCAGGUUCACAGGCAGCAGCAACAACAGCAGCAGCAGCAACAACAACAACAACAGCAGCAGCAGCAGCAGCAGCAGCAGCAACAACAACAACAACAGCAACAGCAGCAACAACAGCAGCAGCAACAGCCUCAACAACAGCCUCAGCAACAGCAGUACUCACAGGUGCAGUUGCGCUACCUUUUGGCAGCAUACCGUGUGGGUAUGCUGGCGCUAGAAACACUAGCACGGCGAGUUCACGAUGACCGGCCGCAAGCAAAGUAUGCUCGCAACCCUCCGUAUGGUGAGGAUGUCAAGUGGCUCCUUGGUAUUGCCAAGAAACUAGGAACACAAUACUUACACCAGUUUUGUAUAUGUGCCGUGAAUAGUAUUGUCAGUCCAUUUGUACUGCAUGAUGUGGCCUUGGAGGCUGCACAUUAUCUCGCUCGUAACAACCCGAGCCUCAUAAUGCAGCAUUUACGUUCUGCACUUACUCCACUUGUCCAGAAGUGCCAACAGAUGUAUAUUCAAUGCAUGCAUCAGAAACUUUAUCAUCUGACCGCAAGUGACUAUGAAGAUUUUGUUAAUAUUGUUUGCUCAGCAAGAGCUGCAUUCCAGAUUACACCUGAUGGCAAUACUCAGUUUAAAGAGUGGUUGCAGUCAAUACGAAGGUCUAAAUCUUGUAAGAAAGACCUGUGGGCACAGAUCAAUGCUGCAUUGCAAGCCAACAGCAAAUGACAAAGGCCAGACCUAGGUGCCCACUAUUCUUCUAGCAGCAGUCCCAGGAGUGGAAGCCCACAGUGUUCUGCCAUACUGCAGCUUGAGGCUCCCCCUCGGGACAUGUUUCCCUCUGUGAUUUCAAAUGCCACUCUCACUCAGGAUGGAAAUGGUAAUGCUACCAUUAUUACGGGCACUGGUGGUGCUUUGCAUAGAUUCCCUGGUACAGGAAUCACACUCACCGUGGGAGAAGGGUUGGCAGUGCGGUGGGAUAAUGGGCGUUUCUGUGUUACCGAGAAUGGGACACCGAGAGAACGGCAAAUCUUGUGGAAUGAGGAAUGUGGCAGAUAAUUGUGUAAAAGUCUGUACUAGUUGAUUUUCUAGUUGCUCUUUGAACAAAUUUGCCAAUUCUUUGGACAAAUGUGCAGUUCCUUUCCUUUCUUGUAAUUUCUUUUUACAAACUGCGAUGUAACUGUGUAGUAAUCAUGUUGAAUGAUUUAGUGAUUAAUUUUUAUCUCUUUUGUAGCUGUGUGUGGAGACAAAAGAUAAAGAGAAAUGUCUGACUUUUUGAAGUCAUUAAGGAAAGCUUUUCAGUAGUGAAGUUUUGUGGUGUCUUGCAUGUAUAUGAUAUAAUACAACCUAAUUUUGUUGAACUAAGAAAUUAAAAUCAUUUGUGUUUUUUUUCUUUUUUUCAUUGUGUGUUCUCUCUUCAUUGGACUUACUGUAAUUUCUACAUUAAUAAUUCAUUUCAGUCUUUGCAUUAGGACACUGUCAAUUAAAAACUCAGUACUUUAGUGAAAAUUACAUUUGAAUUUAUUUAUGGAAUUUGUGUGUUAAUUGAUACCACGUGAGAAUUUCUCAGCCUUACAGAACUGUUUCCCUCUCAUUCUCGAUUCAUUUCUUCCUUCUUCUCCUCUUUCCCUUUUUCAUGUGCACUUUCGUGAAAUGUAAUCCCCCUCCCCCAAGUCUUUGUUGUUGCCGGCAGUUGUGUUCAGACUCAUUCACUCUCGGUAAAUAAUGGGAAGUUCAUAUUUCAUUUGUAAGUGUUCAGCAUUUAGAGCAGCUCUAGUUAUCUUCAUUCUGCAUGUCUUUCUUAUGAUAAAUUGUUUGUCAGAUUGCUCUUUCUAAAUGAGUUUCUUAUCCAUUUGUAAUGUGCAUUCUUGUAGUGAGUCAGUCCUACCAAAUUUGUUAUUGAGGGCAGCAGUUUCAUUAGAGUUGAACUAGAUAUCUACUCUUGAUAAUUUUAUAAAACUGUACUAGACAUACAAAACAUUGUAUUGCAACACCAAGCAUAGAAAAAGGAACAAAAUGAAAUGAUUGAUAUUUCAACAAUGCAGUUUUCAUUUACAUGCAGCGGUGAAUUACUCUUUGCAUUUAUUCUUCAUCCUUUACAAAAAAAAAAAAAAAAAAGCCUGAUGUUCCUAAGUACAGAAUACAUUACUCAUAUCUGUCAUAUCAUCUACAGUUCAGAAGUAAAAUUUUACAGGCCGUAAAUCUUGUGCUUGGAUUUAUUGUGAACUGGAGCAUUUUAUUAUUUGCCUGUGAGGAGACAGCAGAGUAUGUUGAAGAUGCAUUGAUAGUUUGCUGGAAGUGAGAAUUCUUUCCUUGUUUAUUCAGUGAAUACAUGUUUUCCAAACUCAACUGUGGUUUGCCCGCAAUAGAAAGUUGUUCAUAUGCUGUUUGUAUCCAAAAGGCUUGCAUGAGGCUGGUAGCUGUAUGAAAUGUGUUUCUUUUCAAGACAGUUGAAAUACAAUCGGCAUAUAAAUGAGUAUGAGUAUUUUCAGUGUGCAUUAUCAAACUCUGUGCUGUAAUGCAAAUUAAGAUGUAGAUGAUCAUGGAUAAGGCAUUUAUUAACUUAAAAUUGUAGUUCAGCCACCACAUUUAUGUACUCAGAAUGGCUGAAAUGUAGAAUAUAUUCUUGGUCUUACUCCUACUCCUGCGUAAUUAGAGGGCUGGACAAUUUUUUUUUAAAUAGUUCUGAAUCACAUGACUGCUUUAUAUUUUUACACAAACAACUCCUUGCAAAGGAAGAGGCAGCUUAAGCACAAGCGAAAAAUCUGACUUCUGGUUUAAGAUUCAUAUCAACUAGUAAUUAUACAGGAAACUACAUGAUUGUUGCUACCAGCAACAUUAUGAAAAGAAUGUUGAAGUAAAGUGUAUUUGCAUUGUGCUGGUCUCAUGGACCUCCUUUUGUCAUUCCAAAUGUGUAUUAGCAGAAGCAAAUUUCAUUUCAUGCUUGGCAUAAUGUUGACUAUAAAGGGAAAAUUGUCUUUUGUGUUUGUUUUCAAAAUUGUGGUUGGUGUAAUGUUUAUAUGUGAUUCCCAAUUCCCUGUUUCAGAGCCAUUUAUUCAAAUUCUAAGGCAGAUUAAUUUAUUUAGUAAUUUUAAUGAAACUGCAUUCAGGUCCUUUAUAUCUUAAUUUUGUAAAUUAUUUUCUUUGAAAACUUUUUAAUUUGCUGACAUGUUGACACACCAGAAAGUGUCAUGCAAGAGAGACGAUUCUUCACAUGUUGGACUUACCUAUCCAUUUUUAAAUCUUCAUUUACUGAUCUUAUACACAAUGUACUUGAGAAUGAUGGAACAUUAGUUCAAAUUUCUUCAUGAAAAAUGAGAAACCUACCAAAAAAAAAGAAAAAAAGGAAGUACAGGAGAAGACGGUGCAAAAAAACAAUAUGCAUCUGAAGCUCCCAGAACCACUGCUUCAUUAGUACCGAAGGGAAAGAAAACAGUAGGGGUUGAGAAUUCUGAAUGGUUUUAACACAUUUUCAUUUCUUCCUUGUCAUUUUUCAAUAUACCAGAUGAAGGUGUAUUUCAGAUUUCUAUCCGAAUUCCCAUAUUUGGCAGUAAGCACUACUUCAGAUCUGUGUUCAGAGGUUUUAUCUUUUUGAGAAUUUUUUGCAUUUUAAAACAAUUGCUCAGAUUUUCUUUGUGAGUAGGUUUUAUAUGGCAGGUGCUCCAUUAUAAGAUAACAGUAGCAGUUAUGAAAGAAACAAAAACAAUAACAGUCCCUAUAUUGCUUUCAGUUUUCAUCGUCAAAUGCUCAAGCCUUACUGUUUAUUUCAUAUAUAUUCAUUCGGUUUGUAGAUACAUUUUUUAAAAAUGGCCUCUGCUCCAGCACAUACACAGCUUUCCUUCGCAAGUUACGUGGUAGCUGAAAAUUACUGUCAAGUACUAAAUUGAAAAUUAUUUUACAGUCUAAUUCCACCUACUUCAAAGGAUGAUGCAAAUAGCAGUUGACACUCAGUAUUUACAUGGGAGUGUAUGUCUGAUAACCUUCAUGUGGUAUUGUUCAGCUCCAUGUUAAAGCCACUUUCUCUUUUCCUUUCCUUUUCUUUAAAAAUUGUCUGUUGUAACCACGGACAAUUCUUGUAAACGUAUGCUGUUGCUGUUCGGGCAGUGCCAAUGUGAAUGUGACCAGAGAUUGUUGUUCCCCUAUUAACAUCUGAUAUGAAAUGCUACAUGUUAAGUAUAAUCCUGUAAUUAUCUGCAAAAUUGAGGUAGUUAUGGUAUUCUCAUAAUUUCAGAGUUUAUGAGAAAUGCAUGGCAAGAUAUAGUUACUUAAGUCACCACUUCAUGAUGAUAAAAAUUAGUUAUAUUAAAUAUGAUAAUGUAGUGAUAAGCAGUGUGUGUAAUUCCAGGAAUUUUAAGUGAAAUUGCUAGCUGCUGCAUGGCAGACGGAUAGAUACAUUUCUGUAUGUAUAUAAUUUAGUCAAGGGAAGCAUUCUGUGUAUUUUUGUGACUGGUACUGUUUAAUUACAAAUUGUAUCUGCAUGGUAAACUGAAUUGUGAAAUACGGGUAAAGCCAUGGAAAGAUAUUAUUUAUUUCGCAUAGAUUUCAGUUCGCUUAUAUUAUUUCUGAAUUAUCUGCAGGGUAGUAUUUUUAUUAGAUAAUCAUAAUAAAGUCUAUUCCACCCUCAGAGUGAUUCUGGGGUGAGGAAUAGUUUCAUUUCUGAUCGUUUUAUCAUGCUGGCAUGACUUAACAACCAUCUUUGCUUAUUCCAUGCUUAAAGCAUUGUGGCUUAAACGAUAGUAUAAAACUGUAUUAAAUGAGCAUUAAAGCUGACAUCAGGUUUUAGCAACAACAUUAUCUUUUUUUUAAUUAGAAAGUAUGAUGUAGAACUGGAUUAUAACUGUCUUGUAAUUGUUGAGGAUAUUUAUUAGUACAGAGUAAACAUACAGAAGUUAAAUGGAUAUAUUUUUUCACUGUCACUAUAUUAAGAAGCAGGUGCACUGGUUUUUCAGCUUUUCAUUGCUCUAUUCUAAAAAAGUGAUAUUGAUUUUAUGAGUGGGUUGUGAUCAUAAAAUAUUUAAGUUCAUUACCUGUGCUCAUUUCAUAGUUUUACCUGCAAAUAAAAUUAGUUACUAUGUUGUUCUUUUACAUAGACCUUUACUAUUAUUAGCAGACUGCUUCUGUGACACUACACGAGACAUAGCUUUGGUAUUUACUGAUUCUGUAAUCAUAUUUUUGCUACUGUUUCUUGCAACAGAAUGAAAUGGUUAAAGAGGAACAAAUUUACCAAUACUCCUUAUGUUUUCCUCUGUAUUAAUGAGGAAUGUUUUCUUUAGUGUUCAACAGCAGGAAAAGAAAGACUGUAUGUGUCAGUUCCACAAUGGGAAGCAAAUUAAGUGUGAUUUGGUAUCACUUCAUUUUACAUUUUUCUUCUGUGAGGACAUUUGCUACAGUGAGCUUCAUUCUCUACAUCCUAUAGUACUUCAAUAAAUACCACUGCACCUGCAGUUUUUAUAUUAAAAUAAAAAGGAAAAUUUCCUGUCAUCUAUUUAUGAAAUGAAAAUUUUUAAGGUUACAAGAAAUAAAACACCCAUUAUUUAUCUGAGCCUCUUGUCCAAUAUGGAAGUGUAGUCAAUAGGCUGGAAAUUUAGCAGUGUAAGAAUUAGCGGUUGAUGUAUUCUGAAUAUAUACAUUUUUAAAAACGUGAUUUUGAAAUGUGUACAGUAGUAAGUUAUCAUUGUCUUAUCAGUACAUCAGUUUGGUCAGUGUUUUGGUUUUGUAAGUAGCACAUACACAAACAUGGAAACAGUACUGUGAGCUUCCAACUGUUAACUAUUGUUUGUUUGACAGAUCUUUAUUUGAUGGUUUUAUUUUUGUAAGUCAGUACUGAAAAUUACAUAUUGGUAACUUUUUUUUAGCAUAUGUAUGAAGUUAAAGGAAGAAAAUUUAUUCUAUCUGCACUCUGUUACUUAAACCUGCUGUUGUUUUGAAAAUGGAGACCAAGUGACGAAUGCAUGUUAACUUUGAAUGAGUGUAAAUGCGUGUAUAUAUAUUUUAAGGUGAUUCUUACCUUCACAGUUUAGCUCCUCAUGAGUUUUCAUUUAUUUUGGAAUGUAGUAAAAGAAGAUAUGAAAAUUUCAGGUAUUUUUAAAACUGUUCUAGGUACCACAAGUGAAUCUGUGGUUCUUAUUGUAAAAUGUAGAUUAAUAUUGUUCAGAUAUUAGCAGAUACAAAUGCAACAACACAUUUCAAAGUCAUGUUUGAACUGUGUUGUUUGUAUUGUUGUGGGAAUUGACUUAUUCCUUCAAAGCUGUUCAGCUAAUGCUUUAGUUGAAAAUGCUUCUAGGUGAGUUUAAUAAAUGAGGAAUAUAUUUUCAAAUUAUUUAACAAAAUGGAACAAACGUUUAUUGGUAGCUACACAGUGAUUAUAUCAUGGUUAUAAACCUCUUUACACACCCAGUUUUCUAUGUAGAAAGCAUAAAAAAGUGUAAUUUUUGAUUUUUAUUUCAUUUUGAAAAGGGGGGCAUGCAGUGAAUAAACCAUUCAUCUUUUAGUGGUUGGAUUCCCCAAAUCCAGCAAAAACUAUGUCUGUAUGCAUGGAACUGUAGUUGCAGACAUUAGCUUCAAGCAGACAUCACAGUAGUGCAACAAUGUUCUAUAUAAAGUAUAAAUUAAGAUUUUUUUUCACUGACUUUCAGACAUAAAACAUUUUUUACUAUUAGUUUACACUUACCAGUGUCACAUUUUUCAAGCACAGUAAAUCUUUCAUGCAUUCCAGCAUUGAUUAUGUUGAAUAUAACAAUUAUUGACAAGUCUGGAAAUCCUACAGAAACAGCUUGUGCAUUAAUAUGGUUUUAGUACCACACAAAAAAAGUUUUUGUUCUAUUGGAAAGUAGAUUUAAAUUGAAAAUGUCUUGUUUUCCUGUACACAUUAUAUAGUUACCUACAGACAAGGUAUACAUUUCAGACCCCUUAAGAAAUAUUCCAUGAGCUGCUCUUCAUAUUAUUUUUGUUUUGUUUCAGUGCAAUUCUUUUAAAUCUAUGAGACUUGCUUUAUUUACUUUCUCUUUGUGGCUCCAUAUUUAACCUGUUUUUUCUGUUGUUGCUCACAUUUCUUUCUACCUGAAAGCUCUACAUGGAAGGAAUAAGUUUGGUCCCAUUGGCCAUGUCUUUAAAUGUUUAGGUGUAAGUCUAGGUUACUUAAGAAGAGUAAAAUCACUUCUGAAGAUGAACAGUAGGUUUCUGCUUGGCAGUAUGCAGCAUUGACAAUCGUCCUCAUUGCAGUUGCUAUCACUGCAUCUUCUGGCCUCACCAGUGCGACUGCAUUUCAUAGUUACUUUUUGCAACAUUUGACGAGUUGUUUUACGCAUUUGUAUUUCGUUCAUAUUAGCGGACUCUGAGUUUGACACUGCAUGCAGCAGUGUAGGAAGUAGGCUGAAACUUUAUUCAAUGUGUCAUGAUAUAUUUGACAGUAAUUUAGGCAUGUAUGUGUCACAUCAGUUCUAAUCUAAUAUUGGGAAGUCCUGUCUCAAAUACAAAUAAAGGAAGGAAUAAAGAUAACUAUCCACCAUUUAGUUGAGAUGUUGAGUGGUAGGCAGGCAUUUUAAACAGGAUUCUUUGGAAGUUUUGGCAAGAGUUAAGUGUCCUACCGCAUUGCUUUACACCACACACACACACACACACACACACACACACACACACACACACACACACACACGUACUACUAGUGCUACUAAUAUUUCUACAUUGUCAUGCAAAGGGUCUUUCCCUGUGCGUGUGUGCAUGCGUGUGCGCUCUUCCAGAAGGCCUUGUUUAUGUGCUACCACCUGUUCACUGGUCAAUGGUUCAAAUAAACUGAGUGGUUACCUUUACUCUUUUCUUCAUUUGCCACUUUAUUUUCCGUUUUGUGGUGUUGUGUACUAUUCACACAUAUGCUAAAUAUGAAAUUCAGUUCAGUGGCUAAGUAAUAUGCUAGAAGAAAAAUAAUGUUUCGGUUUCAGUUUGUGUAUUAUGUCUAGUAAAAACACAAAACUGUGAACACUCAAACUGUGAGUUAGAUUAGUGUAUGAAUUUGCAAUUUUACAUAUCACUGUUUAUUGAGAUAGUAAUAUCAUAAGGUUUGGGAGCACUUUACAAAAUACAAUUCUGUCUGAGAGAUUUUCUCUGAGAAAUGCAUAAAAUGGUGAGGCUUGUAAAUUUUCUGUCCAGUUGAAGUAAAUAGCUCAGUUAUUCUGCUCAAUUACAUGUAUUAUUUAUAAUUGUAAAUGCCAUUUUAUAUUUGCUCAUCUGAAAUGUAAGGAAGCAUUGUGCAGAUGUCAGUAGCUUUAAAUGGAGUCUGUAUACAAUUAUAAAAAUUAUAACUGUUUCAAGAUUUACUAUAGUUUUAAUGGAAGUUAUGUUGAUUAUGUUUCAUCAAUUUAAGUAUUCCUCCUCAUAUUAGAAUUACAUUUCAGAAAGCAUUGUUACUUAUUUCCAGUUCAGUUAAGAUUUACCUCCAUUGACAGAUUUUCAUGUAAUGUGAAUGUAUAUGUUAUGAAGCAACAAAUCUAUAAAAAAUAGGCUGCCUUUUAAAUUUAUUGUUGCCUGAUGAUCAUAUAAAAUUAUAAAUCCUUGUUUUGUGUACUUAAAUGAUUUGUGACAUAGCAUUUGUUUACAUUGUAGUAAUUACAUUUAACGAUUACUGUGAAGUUUCACAUCAGCUGGAAUGUUCUAAAGACUGAUUGUUACUUACUUACAUCAUUCUAGCAACAACCAAAACAUUGUGUAAGAAUAAAAUGUAAUGAACUGAUCACACAAGAUGUGCGAAAUGCCAUUCCUCUGGUGAAAUACAGAAUGGCUUACAUUCUUUUAAAGGGGAGAUUUUAAAGAUGCCUAUAGUCUGUGUAGGCUUUAAAUUGUGUGUAGACGUUUCAUUUAGUGAGAAGUGUUUUACAGCAUACUUUAAUAGCAAAAACUUAUGGGACCUGAUACUGCUGUAAUCCACUUUUGAUUAGCAUGUACUCAUUGCAGGAAUUUGCUAUGUUAGUUCUGGAAUUCACUCUGUGAACUGUCACCAAGCCUGCAAUUUUGGUCUCUUUGACCACAAUUCUCAACACAAAUAUCGGCACUGUAUAGACUACUUUUGUGCUGUAUUUGGACUGUAUGUGAUAGUGAAUGUUGCCUUCCUUUUGGGACAGUGCUCAAGUUUAACCAUCUACGCACCGGAAAUCACCCCUGAGAACUGCCUGCAUGCUGCCAAACAGUGUACUGAACACAGUGAGGUUUUGUGGUUAUUAUACACUGUCAGCAUAUUUUUGUCCAUUUUUUCAUGUAGACUAGCAAUUUUUUUCAACUUUAAGUAGUUACAUUUAAAGAAAAUGUUUAAAAAAAAAAGAGGAAAAAUAAAUUGAAGAAAAUGCUAGAAAGUGAAAA